AUGCCGCCGAACAGCAAGAAAAAGAAGAAGCCCGCCGCGAACCCUGCCCGCGGCUUCGCAACAGUCUCCGUCCCCUCCAAAGUAAAACCCGCGGAGUCGUCAGAGCCAGCCUCGACAGUCGAUUCCAAGUCGGCGUCGGAGAGCGAUCGCCCAACGCCUGCUGAGGCGCAUCAGCCUGCUCCGAGUUCAAACGACGGCCCGUCUCUACAAAAUUACACCUCGGAGCAACUAGAACAGCACCUGGAGGAUGCCGAACUACAGAUACUGGUUGAGAAACAUGCGGCAAAGUGCAAGAGUGAUGCCAUCCGCCAAGCUGGAAAGUUGGAGACUGAGCGGAGGGUUCUUCGCCAGCAGGCGGUUCCUGUGAAUCUUCUCGAGUGGCUCCCUUCCGACGUCGUGGGUUCUAUACUUGGUCUCGCCGAGGCGGAGGAACAAGGACUGAGCCCCCAAGCGGUGAGGGAUAGGCGAGCAAUCCCUGAGGAUGAGCUGUGCACGAAACUCUGGGUUUUGAAGGAUACUCUUUUGAAACUGGGGUUCCCUGAGAACAGGGUUGAAGAAGCAUUGAAGCACGUUUUGGCGUACUUUGCUGGCAACUUUGCCAUUACUAACCGAGACAUUGUGUGCAAUCUGGAUGAAUCCCUCGAGUGGCUUGCAAUGCAUUGCAACCCCGAAGAACUUCCAUCGUAUACUCAGAUAAACGGCCAGCGUAAAGACGUGGACAAGAACGUUUCUUGGAUUUCUGAUCGAGAGUCUUCAGGACAAUCCACUCCUAAAAGUACUGCAGGCAACAAAUUACUCAAGACCAAGCCGGUAUUCAAAGAAGCGAUUCCUCAACCUGACCCGUACGAUUCCGAUAGCUCUCUUGAUCCGGACACAUUGGUUCCGAAGUAUUUGGACCUGCAAACCCGACUCUACAAUUUACGACCUGAGAUCUAUGAUAAACCCAAGAAAGGCAAGAAGGGCCAGUCUGCCGGCGCAAACGUGGAAGAUCCUCAAGCCCUGAAACUCCAGCGCAAGAUCUCGAGUAUAGAAAACGAUGUACUCUUUGAUCGCAAAGAGGCAGAGUACCUCUGGAGAGAAAAACUAGAUGACCUCAGGAAGGAGGCUGCUAUAUUUCGACAGGCCGAAGCCGACACAGAAAAAGAGCAGACUGACCAAAAGGAACUAGAACCCGAACCAGAGGCUGCGCCAAUUCUCGAGGAUGGUGAGGCCGGUGACCUUCUAGGAGACAUGUUCCAGACCGAAGAAGAACCGACCCUAGAGCUGGGUGUAAUCACAGAAGAGCUGAACAAGGCUUCCAUCGCGAUCCAGGACUUUGGCAAGUGGACGGGUCUCAGCCCUCGCCGUGUCUUAGAAGAGGCGUGCAAGGCACGAGACUCUGGGUGCAAAGUCACUUACAAGGACAUCUCAUCAUCAUCUCAUUCGAAUCGAAUGGCGCUUGAGGUGAGGUGGCCAAAACCACAGGAGAUGCCGUCUCCAUUUUCCCAAGAAGCAGUCACCCACAAGUCUAGCUCAUAUGCUACCUUCGUCUCUAUGGAUAAAAUAGCCACGCCCACUUCACAGCAGGCCGAGGCAUACGUAUCCACCUUUGCUCUUUUUAUCCUCUUUCCCCAGAAUUCAAAAGAAGGAAAGGCCUAUAUGCGUCUUCCCGCUGCGUGGAGAGAUCUUUGGACAGAAUUCGCGAAUGCGAAGAAGGUGCAAGAGGACGAAGCCGACAAACAGGUCGUAAAAGACCUGAGGAAGCUGAUACAGGAGAACCAUGGCGCCUUCGAAGACGAUAUUGUACUUUCUGAUAACUUCCGCAAAAGAAAUGGAACACCAAGGACUCGGUCGCCGGUAAAGGCGGGCACAAAAGAGGUACCAGGGACCAAUGAUCAGUUGCCCCGAAUCUGGAUGGAGAAGUCAUCCACUCCUUCCUUCCAACACAUGGUUCAAGGUCGAAUGAAUCUCCCGAUUUGGGAGUUCAAAGACGAAAUCCUCGGCAUGCUUGAUACUCACCGGGCUCUCAUCAUCUGCAGUGAAACCGGAAGUGGUAAAAGUACUCAGAUACCCUCAUUUAUCCUGGAGCACGAGAUGCAGUCAGGACGUCCAUGCAAAAUUUACGUCACCGAACCACGACGUAUCUCCGCCAUUUCGCUCGCGCGCAGAGUAAGCGAGGAAUUGGGGGAAAGUAAAAACGACAUUGGAACCUCUCGCUCUUUACUCGGUUUUGCUGUCAGGCUAGAGAGUAAAGUCAGUCAGUCGACAAGGCUGGUAUUCGCGACGACGGGAGUUGUGGUACGGAUGUUGGAACGCCCGGACGACUUCCAAGACAUUACUCACGUUGUAUUGGAUGAGGUACACGAGCGUUCAAUUGACAGUGACUUCCUCCUCAUUGUCCUCCGGCGAUUAAUGCAGAGACGACCAGAUCUAAAGCUGAUUCUCAUGUCUGCCACCCUUGAGUCCAACCGCUUCGCAAAAUAUCUCGGCGGUGUCCCCGUAUUGAAUAUCCCUGGCCGGACAUUCCCCGUGGAAACCAAGUUCCUAGAGGAUGCAGUCGAGCUAACACAGUAUCGACUAUCCGAGAACGAGCCAAACGUUGCCGAUGAUGAAGAUGAAGACGAGGUGGAAGCAAGCCAGGGAGAAACUACUGGAAUGGCAGCGACGCUGGAAAGAUAUUCCAAACAAACACGAGAAGCGGUUCUAAAUUUCGACGAAUAUCGACUCGACUACCAGCUAAUCAAGAGACUGCUGAUGAAGCUCGCAACGAGCCCAGAAAUGGAGUACUACAGCAAAGCCAUCCUAGUGUUUCUUCCAGGUAUGGCGGAAAUCCGUCGGUUGAAUGAUGAGCUUUUAUCAGACCCGGUAUUUCAACGUAGAUGGAUUAUACACGCUCUUCACUCGUCAAUUGCCAGCGAAGAUCAAGAGAAGGCGUUCGUGGUGCCGCCUGAGGGCAUGCGGAAGAUAGUUAUUGCCACCAAUAUUGCAGAGACUGGUAUCACAAUCCCUGAUAUCACGGCUGUCAUUGAUGCGGGCAAGGAGAAGACUAUGCGGUUUGACGAGCGACGUCAACUAUCCCGACUAGUGGAGGCGUUCAUCUCGCGAGCCAACGCAAAACAGCGACGCGGUCGAGCUGGUCGUGUGCAAAAGGGCAUUUGUUUCCAUAUGUUCACGAAACACCGACAUGACAAACUACUGGCCGAGCAACAAACCCCGGAGAUGCUCCGACUUUCUCUCCAAGACUUGGUAUUGCGAGUGAAGAUCUGCAAGCUCGGGGAGGUUGAACCAACUCUGCUAGAAGCAGUUGACCCGCCAUCCUCAAAGAACAUUCGGCGGGCGAUCGACGCUUUGAAAGAGGUGAAGGCUCUGACGUCCACGGAAAACCUUACCCCGCUAGGACUGCAGCUCGCCAAGCUCCCGUUGGAUGUGUUUUUGGGUAAACUCAUCGUCCAUGGUGCGUUCUUCAAGUGUCUAGAUGCGACGAUCAGUAUAGCUGCUAUUCUGUCAUGCAAGUCGCCAUUCGUGAACACAAUGGGCUCGAACACCCAAAAGGAUGCAGUCAGGCUUUCAUUCCGACGAGGUGACUCGGAUUUACUAACUGUAUACAACGCAUAUUGCGCUUGGAAACGCACACGAGGCACGCCCGGGUCAAAUGAAUAUGCAUUCUGCCGGAAGAACUUCCUCUCGCCUCAGACGCUACUAAAUAUCGAAGACGUCAAACUCCAGCUCAUGGUCUCCAUCGCCGAUGCAGGCCUAAUCAACCUCGACGCAAAUCAGAAAUCGUCCCUCAACCGAGCCCGCUCCACCCGCCAACGCCACUUCUUCACCACCCCACCCACCCAUGACACAAACAGCACAAACGACACCCUGAUCCAAUCUGUCAUCGCAUGGAGCUUCUACCCCAAGCUCCUAACCCGCGAGGGCAAAGGAUGGCGUAACAUCGCGAAUAAUCAAGCCGUCACGCUACACCCGACAUCUGUCAACAAGGGCUCGGAUCCGAGUGUCGUCAAGUACCUGAGCUACUACCAUAUCAUGCAAGGCCGGAACCGCAAUUAUAAUGCGUUUGAGACGAGCGUUGUGGAGGACUGGGCUGUGGCGGUGCUUUGUGGAGAGAAUGAUUUUAAGAUGUAUGCUGGUGUCCUCUCGAUCGACACCAACCGGAUCCGGUUCUCGAUCAGAGAUUGGAAGUCCAUGCUUGCGAUUAAGGUGCUCUCGACCCGGGUGAGAGAGAUCUUAGCUGCUUUGUUCCGGGAUCCGCAGCAACCGUUAUCAUACAAGCAGAAGCAGUGGAUGGAGAUAUGGCAGGGGAUAUUCCAGAAUAGAGAUGCGAGGUAG